AGAAAGCACAUUUCACUUUGCUUUUUGGUAUGUUGAGUCCUUACGUUAUUGUUCAAAGAUGUAAGGUUGCUUGAAAAUGAUCAAGAAUAUUAGAAAGACAUCGGCUGGUCCUGACAAUGACUUUCUCUGCUUGUACCAUCAGCAAUAAAUUCACUUUGGGCAGGUAAUAAUCAAUUUGUAGCUUCUUGCUUCUGCCAUUCGAUGGUUAAGUCGACUUCCAUUAGAAUGACGGUAGCCAAGAAUGACAACGCGACCACGUAAUAACAACAGCAGUCAAAAAAGUUAGAUUUUGAUCUUGAAAAUUACCAUUUCGUUCAAUUUAAUUCUUGUUCUACCUGUAGGUGCUCCUGUCGCUACGUUUGGAAGAACUUAUUGACUGUAGCCACCACCACCACUUGAAAAAGCCGUUAAGUUAGACGCCUGGAUCAUGUAUAUGUCUGAUAAACUGCAUCAAGAGCCCUAUAGAUGUUACGACAACUGUAGAAGCCGUCGCCGCCAAGAACGAAAAAGAUUGUUUGAUGGUCUAUUUGUCGCCGCAAACGUUGUCAUUGAUAAGUGGUUGCGUUGUUUGACCUUCAUUUAUUGCACAUCGAAUACUCCUUCAUCAAGUAUACAGCUUAACUGCUUCUCCUACCGUCGGAACCACCGCGGAUAUAAUGUCAAAACCACGUCUAGUUGGCAUCUUUCACAGUCAAGUGCAAGAUGCGCAACCUCGACUUCAGCUUUUAGCGUCAUUCUCAACCAUUGUCAGCGACCUCCGCCGACCGAAUUCGCCGGAAUAACAAGAGCUCGCAAAGACGGCGAAACAACUCUGAAAUGCUAGCUAAAAUGGAUAUCUAAGAUAGAUGUUUGCUAUGUGUGAUAUCCAAAUUACGUGAGUUUAGCAGAAGAGCAUUCCCACAAUAAAUCAUGACUUUCAGAUUGUAGUACUUCUGAGCUUUGCUCUGCGUUCAGGGACCAUGUGUACGUAUGAUUCGUUCUUUGAAUUGACAACUGUUUAGCUUACAUUACUCUGAAUACUUCGUGCUUUGUUUGUGGGUAUUUCUAAUGAGAUUAAGUGCUGAAAGAAAUAUUUAUAAGCGUGUCUUCACAAACACGUAAACAGGAUUCCACUUUUCCUCAAGAUUUUGAUCAAAUGAAAUCUCAUCUUAUAUCGUAAGCUAUAGAUGCCAGUGCACAUUUGAAAUGAAAGCUUUUAUGUUAGAUACAACCAAUGCUCAUGUCCACUUUGGACAUUAAAAGACCUCUUUAGACCGCGAGCUUCAUUAAUCGAUAAAAAUGAGUAAAUGUGUGUUGCAGGACAAAAUGUGCUCUUACUUGUGAAAGCAAGGAUUGAAGACUACACAAUAUCAGACUUAAAUAUUUUCAGAUGGAAGAUCUUGCAUUGUGGGCGUUUAAAUUGAUAAAACAACAAGCAAAAGAUUUGUAAAACAUGACUAUACUCAACAGCUCCCUAUCGUUUCUUAAACCUAAGAUGCUGUUGAUAAGCCUUCAAAACUAUUUAGUCGCUAAGCACAUGAAAACUUGGGUUGAUACUCAAGUACUAAAGCUU